AUGGGAGCCCAACAGUUCCAUCCUGAGGAGCACAAAGAUCUAAUCACGAGGUAUUACACCUACUUCUAUGCUUCUAUCAAUCUUGGCUCUAUUGUUGGUGGUAUUGUGACUCCGAUUUUGGUGGAAUCGGUCUCUUUCACUGCAAGCUUUUCCUUCCCUCUCGUUGCCUUCAUCAUAGCAACGAUUGUCUUCGUUGUGGGUAACGUGAUGGGUCGUUAUGUGAAGCCGAAGCCUCAGGGAUCCGCUGUAUUAGAGAUCCUUAAGGUCAUCUUCUUUUCUCUUACGAGGUGUUCUCUGGAAAAGAACAAGGAGUCGAACGGUGGUCGUUUCAAGGAUGGUUUUAUCGAGGAUGCAAAGGCACUGUUCAGACUGGUGCCUUUAUUUUCCCUCAUUAUACCGUUUGUGAUGGCCUACAAUAACAUGACGACUGCUUUUCUAACUCAGGGUAAAAAGAUGGACACGAGCCUUUUCGGGUGGGAUAUGCCGGCUCAGAUGAUGCAAAACGUGGAUCCUAUUGCUGUGGUUUUGACCAGCGUGUUGGUUGAUACCGUAUUGUUCCCUCUUUUGAAGAAGUAUAAUAUGAUGCCGUCAGUUCUGGUUCGUUUUUGUAUCGGUUCGUUAUGUGGUGCGGCGUCCCUACUCGUGGCUCUCGGUGUGGAGUACAUGGUUAUGAGCAAGGCUGUGUUCUCUGUCUCCAUUUGGUGGCAGAUCCCGCAGUUCUGGUUGAUUGCUGCUGGUGAGAUCUUCCUGAUAUCCACUUCUUACGAGGUUGCAUUCACGUACUCUCCGGGAGCGCUGAAAGCAGUUGCUUCUGCGUUCAACCUUUGUUUCUUUUCCAUCUCGAAUGUUCUCUCGGCGGUCCUUUUCCAAGUGUGUUCCGAGUGGCUUCCAAACUUUGAUAUUAAGAAUCCCACAGAAGAGGCCGUUAGCGGUGCUCACUAUGAUUAUUAUUAUAUGGUUUUGGUAGCCCUGUGUAUUUUCGGUGCAGUUGGCGCGGUAUCGAUGAUCCCGUACUUCAAUAGGGUCGCCGCGAAGAAUGCGGCCAGGAAGGCGGAGGCUGAGUUAGAGAAUGUUGUGAAGAAGGAUGAGGUCGAUGUAUAA